UGCGAGGCGGCAAAUCGUUACUACUAGCCAUCACGACAAUGGUACUAAGAGGAUCAUCAGUCGCGAGUGAUAGGAGGGAUGGAAGGCUACGACUGAGUGUAUCUCGUUACCUCUGUGCUACGCAAUGGCCUCGGAACAUGAUGCCACCGUAUGUCUCCGUCCCUCGGAAUAUGCGCGAUCCAGCCACGUCUCUGCCUCAUCGUGUCCUCUUACCGUGAGCACGCCCUAGGACCCGCCUUCUCGAGGGGCGGGACAGCGGUUGUUGAGGCUUCCUGGAGAACACGACGAGAUCAGAACGCGAGGAGUACGAAGAUAGCU